UUGAUUUAUUAAAAUAGAGGUAUGUUUGAGCGGAUUUAGCUUGUGUAUUUUUAAUUAAUUUUCUUAUUCUGCUUAUUAAUUACAGUUUCUGGAAAAUCGUAUUUUUUAUGAGCGCUUAUCACACGUUAGCAAAAACUAAUCUUGUGUAAAACCGAUACGCCUUUCAAUGCUCUUUGUAUCUACGUCGAUAAUAUAAAGCGGCGCGACGCGACAUUAGAUUAAUCUGGGUUCACUGGCACUUUUUGACAAAAGACUAAAAAGAUAGCAUAUCACGAAAAAUCCAGAUAGAACCAGUCUAAAGUGUAAUGUAAUUUAGACUGUAAUCAGUCGAUGCAGAUUCCUUCAAAUACUAAUCUUGACAAAGGCAAAAAUUGUAUUACAUGGAGCGACAUUCGACAUCGAAAGUUUAAAGUGCAUGCUCGCUAUAUCAGUGCAUAUUAUGUUAAAGUUGUUAAAACUGAAUGAAUAUAAAUAAUAUUAAAUUGUGUUCUUAUGUAUCAAACGAUACACUGAAGUUUUCUUUGCAGUGUAUAUUGUUCAAGUGCAUUAUUGUUUUAGUACUUAAUUUAAUUUGAGAGUAAUCUAAUUCAGAAAAAUAUUUGACUGUCUUAGUUUACCUUUUUUUAAAACACAACUGAUAAAAUAAAAUCACUAUGUACGCUUUAAUUUGGAAAAUAAACUUAGCAUUAUUUGUAAAAUGCUUAUCUUUUUUAAGAUUGUUGUUAAGAGCGUCGCUAAGGAAGAUUAAAAGGAUUAUACAACCUUCAUUUGAUAACUCAGCAAGUAUGGGUGAUAGCGAAGUAAAGCUGUACCCCAACUGCGACUCGACGGUGUGGCUGAGGUCUUGUGAAGAGGAGAUCGUGCAGCCGCAAGAGGGACGAGUUUCAGGUGAAAUUCCGUCAUGGCUUCAAGGAACGUUACUUCGCAACGGGCCAGGGUCCUUGAACGUCGGCUCUAUGCGGUUCAAACAUCUUUUCGACAGCUCAGCUCUUCUACAUAGGUUCGCGAUCCAUGACGGCAGCGUGACGUACCAGUGCCGGUUCCUGCAGUCCAACACGUUUAAGAAGAAUCGUGCUGCUAACCGCAUCGUGGUCACCGAGUUUGGGACCAAAGCUGUGCCGGAUCCCUGCCACACCAUAUUUGACAGGGUAUCAGCUCUGUUUAAUCCAGGAGAAUCCAUAUCGGAUAAUGCCAUGAUAUCGUUGUACCCCUUCGGAGAUGAGAUAUACGCUUUCACAGAGGGCCCUGUUAUUCACAGAAUAGACCCAGUCACAUUGGACACUUUGGAGCGGAAGAAUCUUACGAAUUGCGUGGCUUUGGUUAACCACACGUCCCAUCCGCACGUGAUGUCCAAUGGCGAUGUGUACAAUGUCGGUAUGUCUGUGGUGAAGGGCAGGGUGCGCCAUGUCGUUGUCAAGUUCCCGUACAUGGAAAAGGGCGACAUGUUCGAGCGAGCGCACGUCGUCGCCAGUCUGAAGCCGCGCUGGCCUCUCCAUCCUGCCUACAUGCACACUUUUGGAGUGACGGAGAAUUACUUCGUGAUAGUGGAGCAGCCUAUGUCGGUGUCGCUGUGCGGGGUGCUGCGUAGCCAGCUGGCCAACCAACCCUUCGUCUCCAGUCUUCACUGGUAUCCUGAGCAUGAGACCCACAUAGUCCUAAUCAGUCGCAAAGACGGCAAAGAAACGAAGCGUUUCCGCACCGAGCCGCUGUUCUACCUUCACAUUAUCAACGCGUACGAACAAAAUGAUACGCUGGUACUAGACAUGUGCGCGUACAAAGACGCUAAAGCGAUUGACGCUAUGUACGUACACGCGAUCGAGACGAUGCAAUGCAAUGCUGAUUAUGCGAACUGGUUUCGUGGAAGGCCGAAGAGGUUGGAGCUGCCGUUGAACGCUCCGAGGUUGACGAGAGUACAGCCACAGCUGUUGGCAGACAUAGGCUGCGAGACACCACGAAUACACUAUGACUUGCAUAACGGAAAGCCGUACAGAUAUUUCUACGCCAUCAGUUCAGAUGUCGAUGCAGAGAAUCCUGGUGUGUUAAUCAAAGUGGAUACAAAGACCGGAGAAACGAAGACGUGGAGCGAAAAAAAUUGCUAUCCCAGUGAACCCAUAUUCGUUCCUGCACCUGAUGCUAAGGAUGAAGACGACGGUGUUCUUCUAAGCGCUUUGGUGUGGGGCGGCUCUCGAUCUCAAGAGGUGGGGCUUCUGGUGGUGGACGCGCGGGAUUUCCGUGAGCUAGGAAGGGCUCACUUCGACACUCCCUCGCCAGCGCCUAAGUGUCUUCACGGAUGGUUCCUCCCCCAACGAUCUUCUCUGACGUAGUUUAAUCAAUAGAUUGUUAAAUGGGAUAAAUCGUGUAUGAAUGUCUUUGGAUUUGUUUUUUAACUUCUCACAAGACUUCGACGUCAACCAGUUUAUUAAUUAGUUAAUCCGUUUGUGUUGUGGGGAUAUAUGACUGCUUAAAUGAUCGAGAUGAUUUGUAACUCGUUUUAAGGUCAGGGGGCCUCGUUCCGUCUAUAGGAGGCGAAUCCUUUUUUUUAAUUACAGGCGUUCUAUUCGAAGGUCUACUUUGAUAGCCGUAUUGGUAAGAGUCAAAAAAUCCCGUAUUUACCUAUACGGCCAUUUAAGAUGUCCUUCGGUUAGGAUGCCAGUAAUUGCCUAUGGACGGAAUGGGGCCUAUGUUAGCCAUUAGAUACUAAGAAGUGUAUACAAUUGAGUUUGCACAAAUGACAUGUUUAUGUCAACUGUGCAAACACAUUUUGUAGAAUAAGUUUUAAACCCCAAAGAAAAAUAUUUUAGGAAUAACAUUUAUCAUGUCAUAAUGUUUUAUUUGUCGUGUUCAUUAUACGUAUUGCAUUUGACUUUUAUUGACAAUUCCGGGUCUGUUUCUCACGACCAAUUAAUAAUUAAUCGGUUUCAGUAAAUCUAUUAACAAUUUUUUUAUUCCCCAUAAAUUGAUAAUUUUACUAAACCAAAAAAAAAUAUUCUACGGUCUCAUUUAGUUCUCUAUUUCUAAUAAUUUAAUGGAGUAAUGUGUUUCCCUCGUUUCUUUAUUUUUCGUAAUUACGAUGAUUAGACACUUCGGCCUAUACGCCCACAGGAACAAACAAAUCAUGUGGACAUGUUCAAUGACGUUAAAGGUCGGAGAGUAAUUAGUUAUCUAAUUAAAUUGUAUCAUUUUUUUUCACAUGUUCCAUAAAAUAGUCUCUCAAUUAAACUGUUUAGUGUUUGUAUACUUUACUGAAAUAUGUUAUAUCUUCAGUUACAGAUAUUGAUAAUUAAGACUAACAAAUUGAAACUUACAUUCUGAACAUUCAGCCAACUCAAUUAUAAUUAAUCUAAGAUUGGUUUUGUAACAAAUAUAAAUACUUAUUUUAAUACAUUACAUUCAGUUAAGUUCAUUAUUAUAUGGAUGACAGUAAAAAUUUAAAACUGAUGAAGAUUCUUUACGAAUUACUUUUUGUAAUUCUAUUUUAUAUUAUUAAAGUAUAUUUAUAUAUCCGUGAGAGUGACGCAAUAAUCUCCAUUUCGAUACUUUUCGUAAUAUUCUUUUGUUCAGGAACGUUUAUUACGUUUUCAUUAACUAACCCGCGCACGAAGGCACGCACAAUUUACAUUUUUCACUAAUUGCUAUAUAACUCAAUGUUAGAAUUAUAAGUUAAAAAUAUUACCUAAUUUUACUGUAUUUGUAAAUAUAAAAACUACAUAAAUAAAUUAUAUUAACUAUAA